AACACGUAUGCGGUUGCUGCUGCUGAGAAGAACCUGGCUGUAUGUUACACGUGUGAGAUGACGGUCGUGAAUGCAUCGACUGAUUGUAUCGUGAGAAACGUUUUAGUGUCGGUUGAUCGGAUACUGAUUCGUCCAUCAAGCUCGCUAUCUGGAAUGAUCUGUACUUCAACACGACUAAGACCAUUACUUCAAUUUCACGUUUAUUUAAAAAACAAAAACUACGAAAAUUGUUUGUAA